AUGGCAAAAGAGGAUUUGAAGUGGAGGCAAAGAGCAAAGGUAAAUUGGUAUCAACAUGGAGACAAGAAUACCAAGUUUUUUCACUGCUGUGCUAACCAGAGAAGGAAGGUAAAUAGAAUUCAGGAAGUAAUAUAUGAGCAGAAUAGCAGGCACACCAGUCAAGAGGGAUUGGCAGGAACUUUUAAGGCUUAUUUUGAGAGGUUGUUUGCCUCUUCUAAACCUGGCAGUGGUGAUAUUGAUAACUGCCUAAGAAAUUUGGCACCUUCUAUUACAAACAGCAUGAACGAACUACUAUCAAAAGUUUUCACUAGAGGAGAAGUUGAAACAGCUAUCAAACUAAUGGCUCCAUACAAGUCACCUGGACCCAAUGGCUUUGGAGCCUGCUUCUACCAGAAAUACUGGCACCUUGUUGGAGAAGGAGUCUGCAACUCAGUACUAGCUUGGUUGAAUGGUAACUCUCUAUCCUCUACUGCAAAUUACACUUUCAUUACCCUUAUUCCCAAGAAAAAAGAACCUAGAUUGGAAGAAGGGGAAGGAAGGGCACAUAGCCAUCAACUUGACAUGUCAAAAGCCUAUGACAGGAUUGAGUGGCCCUUCUUGCAAGCUGUCAUGGAAAAAAUGGGGUUUUGCUCCAAGUGGGUCGAGCUAGUCAUGAAAUGUGUGUCCUCAGUCACAUAUUCAGUCCUUGUGAAUGGGAAGCCAGGUGAGAAGAUUUUUCCAACGAGAGGAUUGAGACAAGGGGAUCCUCUUUCCCCCUAUCUGUUCAUACUUUGUGCUGAGGGGCUCAGCACUCUACUUAAUUUCUCAGACCAGAUGGGGGAAACAAGGGGAGUAACUGUCUCAAGGGGUGGAACUAGAGUCAAUCAUCUCCUCUUUGCAGAUGAUUGCAUUGUCUUCGGGAGAGCCAAGUUUGAGGAGUGGGAAAAGAUCAAUGGAAUACUUUGGCAAUAUGAGAGAGCCUCAGGUCAGGUUAUGAACAAAGACAAGACUGCAGUUUUCUUUAGUUCAAACUCUAAGGAGGAAGAGAAGAGGAAAAUCAUGCAAAGUGGAGGUGCUGUUAUGAGAGGCUCUUAUGAGUCUUACUUGGGGCUACCUCCUGUAGUAGGAGGGUCAAAGUACAAUGCAUUCAGGUGUAUUAAAGAGAAAGUAUGGAAGAGGAUCAAUAACUGGAAGAACUCAUUCCUAUCUGCAGCAAGGAAAGAAGUGUUAAUCAAGGCAGUCCUACAAGCAGUGCCCACGCACACUAUGAGUGUAUUUCAGCUACCAAAACAAUUAUGUAAGGAGCUCAAUGUUAUGUUAGGGAAGUUUUGGUGGGGCAAUCAUCAAAUAGGGAAAGGUAUGCAAUGGUGCAGCUGGGAAAAAAUGGGAAGACAGAAGGGGUUAGGGGGAUUGGGCUAUAGGGACUUAGAGAGCUUCAACCUGGCCCUCCUGGCCAAGCAGAGUUGGAGACUGAUCCAAAAUGCAAACAGUUUGGCUGCCAAGAUAAUGAAAGAAAAAUAUUUCAAAGAUGGGGCCCUUUUGACAGCAAGGUUGGGUCAUAGACCUUCUUAUGUGUGGAGGAGUAUGUGGAAUGCUAUGAAGUUGUUAAAAGAGGGACUGAGAUGGAGGGUGGGUGAUGGGAAGAAGGUCAGAAUAUGGGGGCAGAGAUGGCUCCCAUUACAUUCCUUUGGGAAGGUGCAGUCACCAGUUAAAAUACUUGACAGUGAUUCCUUUGUGAGUGAGCUGAUGAAUGGACAAGGAUCAUGGAAUGAGCCCCUAAUCAAGAGUGUUUUCACUAAGGAGGAAGUUGAGCACAUCUGCAGCUUGCCACUGAGCAAGAUGGGAGUGGAGGACAGGAUGAUAUGGGGACCCUCUACUAAAGGCCUGUUCUCUGUUAGAAGUGCCUAUCACCUAGACAAGGAAAGAAAACAGGCCAUUCAUGGUGGCUCAUCCAGACAAGAUGAGAGGAAGAGAACCUGGGAUAACAUAUGGAAGUUGAAUGUUCCAGAAAAAAUUAAUAUCUUUUUCUGGAAAGCAGCAAAUGAAUUUCUAGCUACCGAAAGAAACCUGUUUGCAAGAAAAAUUACCAACAAUCCCAUGUGCCAUAUUUGCAUGAGAGAGGAGGAAACUAUGAUGCAUGUCAUCUGGCAAUGCCCAACAGCAGCAGAUGUAUGGGCUGUGUAUCUGAAAAAGAUGCAAAAAAUGAAGACCAAUGAAGUUGAUCUACUAGCUCUGUGGGAAAAGCUAAGGGGUUUACUCGAUGAGCAUGAACUAGAAGUCACAGCAGCAGUCAUGAGGGGGUUAUGGUUGAGGCGAAAUGAGAACUUCUUUGAAGAAAAGUUCAAGUCUCCAUGCCAGGUCCUAAGAGCAGCAAAGCAGGACAUUUCUGAGUUCCAGCAGGCACAACAAUUGAUCAAAGUAAGGAAUAACAGAAAUGAAGAAGUGUGCUGA